GCCGGUACGAUCCUGGGGACCUCGGGCAGACGCACCGAGAGCUUGGGGAACCGGCUGCGGGCUACGGCGGUAGGAGCCCAGCGGGACAGGAGGAGACCCACUUGGGCAGCAUGCGGAGUGUGGCCAAGCCCUGGAGUCCAGUGACCAAAGUGGGGAGCCAUGGCACUGAGCGGGCACGGCCUCUCCCUGCAACUUCCUCCAGCAUGAAGACCUCCAAGUCUUCUACCUCCUUGGCCUUUGAGUCCCGGCUGAGCAAGCUCAAGAGGGCCAGCAGUGAGGACAUGCUCAACAAACCAGGAAGCACUGCCAUAUCAGGGGUAGCUCGACUGAAAAAGACUUCAACAGCUGGAGCCAUCUCUGAGUUCACCGAGAGCCGACUGCGCAGCAACCCAGGAGCUAUGACUGCAGCAAAGAGGACAGGCAUUCCGGCUCCCCGAGAACUGUCGACUGCUGUCUCACGAGAGAGGGCUGUGCCACGUGGACCCUCUAACCCAAGGAAGCCAGUGUCGAGUCCCACCUCGUCCAGAACCCCCACCCCUACCAAGUACCUGAGGACCACCUCAGUGAGGCCCAAGCAGGAGAAUGAUGGAGGGGAAAAGGCUAUGCUUGAAGCCCAAGUCCGGGAGCUUUUGGUGGAAGCCAAAGCUAAAGACAGCGAGAUUAACAGGCUCCUGAGUGAACUGAAGAAAUGCAAGGAGAAAAGGACCUCAAACACUGAAGAGGUUGAUGCCUCAGCCCCAGAUGGAAAUAGCACACCAGUCUCACCAGCUGACCUGGCGCCCCUGCUGAGAGCUCUUGAGGAGAAGAACAGGAGUUUCCAGAAAGAGAUGGUUGACCUGGAGGAAGAGAACCGGGCUCUGCGGGAGAAGCUGACCUGCCUUGAGCAGUCCCCCAAUUCUGAGGCCAGUCACAUGGGGGACAGCAACUGCCCUACCUCCCUGACUCAGGAAUUGAGCUUUGGAAACCAGCUGUCAGGGGAGACGGAUGAGUACAAUAAAACCACACAUGAAAGCAUGCUGAGGACAUCGGGUUCUUCCAGUAGUGAUGUCACCAAGGCCUCCUUGUCCCCGGAUGCCUCAGACUUCGAGCACAUCUCAGCAGAUCCCCCCUCCCGGCCACUGUCCUCCACAAGCAACCCCUUCAAGAGUCCGCGGUGUUCCACUGCUGGGAGCUCCCCCAAUAACGCCAGUGAACUGUCCCUGGCUUCCCUCACCAAGAAGAUCCAGAAGAUGGAGGAGAACCACCACAGCACAGCGGAGGAGCUGCAGGCAACCCUGCAGGAGCUGUCUGACCAGCAGCAGAUGGUGCAGGAACUGACAGCCGAAAAUGAGAAGCUGGCAGACGAGAAGACUCUUCUAGAGACUUCCUUCCACCAGCAUCGGGAGAGGGCAGAGCAGCUCAGUCAAGAAAACGAGAAGCUGAUCAAUCUUCUCCAGGAGCGAGUGAAGAAGGACGAGCCCAGCUCCCAAGAAGGGAAAAUCCUAGAGCUGGAGCAAAAGUGCACAGAAAUCCUGGAGCAGGGCCGUUUCGAGCGAGAGAAGCUGCUCAACAUCCAGCAGCAGCUGACCUGCAGCUUGCGGAAGGUUGAAGGGGAGAACCAAGGGGCCUUGGAGAUGAUCAAAUACCUCAAGGAAGAGAACCAGCAGUUGAGCAGCUUCCUUGAGCAGGAGCGACAUAACAACAGCGUGAUGGUCAAGGCUUUGGAAGAAUGCAGAGUUGCCAUGGAAGGGCUAAAAACCGAAAACGAGUCUCUGAAAUCCCACUUGGAGAAUGAGAAGCCAAAAGGUUUGGUGGAGGCCUGUCUGGUGGGACAAGCAACAGAGAGCUGUGAAAUACAGGAGAUGUUGCAAAUAGCUAGAGCAGAGAAAGACCAGCUGGAGCUGUCCUGCACUGAGCUCAGGCAGGAGCUGCUCAAAGCCAACAGUGAAAUCAAGCAGGUCUCAAGUCUGCUCGCCAAGGUAGAGAAGGAUUAUUCUUACCUGAAGGAAUUGUGUGACCAUCAAGCAGAACAACUGAGCAGGACCAGCCUCAAACUGCAGGAGAAAUCCUCUGAGAAUGAUGCAGAGAUCAAAGAUAUGAAGGAAACCAUCUUUGAACUAGAAGACCAGGUGGAACAACAUAGAGCAGUCAAGUUGCAUAAUAAUCAGCUUAUCAGUGAGCUAGAAAGCAACGUGAUAAAGCUAGAGGAGCAGAAGUUAGAUCUGGAGCGGCAGCUGAAGACUCUGACCAAGCAGAUAAAGGAGGAGACAGAAGAGUGGCGGCGCUUCCAGUCCGACUUGCAGACGGCAGUGGUCGUGGCCAACGAUAUCAAGUGUGAAGCCCAGCAGGAGCUGCGCACCGUGAAGAGGCGGCUGCUGGAGGAGGAGGAGAAGAAUGCCAGGCUGCAGAAGGAGCUGGGGGACAUGCAGGGCCAUAGCAGACCUGGCAGUCAAGAUUCAGAGCCCUCUGAAGCUGACACCCCUGGCCGCUGGCCUGGCAGCUACAUGAGCAGAGCAUCUCCCACACCUUCAGAGUCUGCAGCCACCGUGAAGUCCCUUAUCAAGUCAUUUGACUUGGGACACCCAGGUGGGGCUGGAUCGAGCAUUGCCAUCCACAAGGCCCCCCGGAGCCCACUGAGUGGCAUCCCUGUGAGGACAGCACCGGCUGCUGCUGUGUCUCCCAUGCAGAGGCAUUCAGCUUACAGCAGUGUGCGGCCCUCUGCCAAAGGCCUGCCUCAGCACUUGGAGCUCCCGGACCUUCCCCUCUCAGACCUCCUGAAGGGAAGGGCCGAGGAACUGAAGCCAGAUCCCUACCUCCGGAAGAGCCCUUCACUGGAGUCCCUGAGCAGACCCCCUUCUCUCGGCUUUGGGAGCACUCGGCUGCUAAGCGCCUCCACCGGUGGCUUGAAGCCACAGAGCAAGCUCAGUGUGGAGAGAAGAGACCCCCUGGCUGCCUUGGCCCGGGAAUAUGGCGGCUCCAAGCGCAACGCCCUGCUGAAGUGGUGCCAGAAGAAGACAGAAGGCUAUGCGAACAUUGACAUCACCAAUUUCAGCAGCAGCUGGAGUGAUGGGCUGGCUUUCUGUGCGCUACUCCACACCUACCUGCCUGCCCACAUCCCCUACCAGGAGCUGAACAGCCAGGAGAAGAAAAGGAAUCUCUCGCUGGCAUUUGAAGCAGCUCAAAGUGUCGGCAUCAAACCCAGCCUGGAGCUCAGCGAGAUGCUGUACACAGACCGGCCUGACUGGCAGAGUGUGAUGCAGUAUGUUGCCCAGAUUUACAAGUACUUUGAGACAUAAAGCCCAGAGCAGCCCCCACGAGUGUCCUGGACGUGCUGGCCACUCUAUGCAGGCCCUGCCCAGCCCUACCCUGUUCUCUGAAGGGAAGGCUCCAUCUAGGGACCACCCUGUGCACAGCAGGGGAACAAAGCAGAGCACUCCAGCCACCUACCUCCGAGCUACCCCAUCUGGAGUAUAGUGUAGGUUGGGAGUCUCUGCUCUCAAGGGAUCUCUCCCUCCUCCCAGACGGAGAAAUCCACACCAGGCUCAGCUCCCCCUGGAGGCUCCAGUCUGCAACCUCUCACCGGAGCUGCACUGAGAAUGUCACCAGUGACAUUCCCAAUCACCAUUGCCAAGAACGCCCUUGCCUCUUUCAAGAAGAAGAAGAAGAAGAAGACACAAGAAGAGACCACUUAGCAUCUGCCCCCCAGUCCUCCAGGAAAAGUGCUUGCUUUCUUGUUCCCUGUUUUCACACCUCCAUCUGGGGGCCACAGUCUUGAAAACUCACCAUCACUGAUCUGAUUCAUUGGUCGGAAGGUAAAAUGUGAGGAUAUAUACAGGAGCCCCCUAAUCCCUGUCCUUUUGCAUGGGGUCCCUGCAGGGUGCCUAGCACCCCAUACUCAGCAGCUGCUCACUGGCUGGACAGAAGUAUCUGGCAACUGUCCUCUGUUGAUUCAUGCCCGCACAUAUGCAAAACUUAUAUGGGGUGUGUGUGUGUGUGUGUGUGUGUGUGUGUGUGUGUGUGUGUAUGUGUGUGUGUCAGACUGAAGCUGUAUGCUGCUCUUGAACUCCUGGGCAGACAACAAAUCCAGCAUUUCACACUGGGCUUCAUGUUCAGUCUGGUUUGGUUUUCAGGCUUUGCAUAUGCACAUGACAAAAGGAAGUCCUUGAGGUAGGCAGAGAUGACCCCCCCAUACAGUGGGUCCCCAAGGUGUGGCCGUGCCCAGGGCAGUGUGGUGGAGGCAUCCACCCAGCACUGCUUCCAUGUUCUCAGCAUUGACAAUACUACCAGCAAAUAAGGGUGGGAUUCCUGCAGGGAGAUGGUGAGCUGGUAUGGCCAGAGCCCUGUGUGUGUCCAGCUGAUGCAGCAUCUUCAUACCAGCAGGAGCUCGCCCAUCUCAGAGCCCAGGCAAUGAGACUCACCCUGUCCUGGCACAUACAUCACUAUAUUCCCGGUGUGGCUCUCCAUCCCACUCUCCUGAGAAACUUGGACAAACACCCACUCCUGGCACCCUAUCCAGUGUCACAGAGAGCAGGGAGCCCUUCCCAGGUUGACUAGCUACCUACCUGCCUUCUGUUCAGAUCAGAAGCUAUAGGCACAGCCUGAACAUAUCUAACUGCUUCCUGAUGCACUUACCCAGAUGGAAGCUCUUACUUGGGAUUGAGGUAAUAGCUCCGUCUACCCUGGCUGUGGGGAAAAGUCACUCCCAGCAGUGGGGCUAAGCACUUGGUUGUGAUGUUUAAUCCAGAGUUACUGCAGGGGGUAGCUGAAGUGGGUGUUGGGCAUUGAGGCAGCCCUGGCCCUGCCCCGCCCCUCCCUGCAGCCUGGAGCCUGUGUCCCCCUUUGGGUUAAAAAGAAGGAAAGCAAAGUCAUGUGACAGAAAGGCCACAUGCAGUUUAUUUUUAAAACACAAGGAAGCAGAGUGGUACCCGUUCUUUGCCAAUGAGUGGGCACAGGGAGAUGGGCUGGGACCUGCACUCAGAAACACCCCUGGUGCAGCAGGUGGUAUGGUGGGGAGUUCUGCUCACCCUCCUAACUGAAGGCCACCUGGAGCAGGGUCUGUCCUUCCAGCUCCACAGGACAUGGGGGUGAGGGCAGGUGGUUCAUCAGAGCUCAGAGCACAAUAAAAGUAGGAGAGGGAGAAAACUUCGGGGGAGGGGGUGGGAAGUAGCAUUCACAAAUGGUGUCACUUCCAGUUUUCUGUCCUGAGGCUUUUAGAGGUGACAGGAACUGUGCUAUUCCCACUUCCUGAAGCCACUACUUCGUGAUUUAAAAUUAUCAGACUGUUCUAAAGGUCUGGCCCAUGGUCCUUAUAUAAAAAGACAGCUACAAGAGGUGGAAGAGUGGAGGGGUGGCUUCCAGAAGAGAACUUUAAGAUUCACUGCUGGGCAGAUUUUUUUUCCCUUGGUCUUGAACUUCAGUUGACCAAUGACAGUGCCAUGAACCCUGCCCCCACUAAGUCAGCAUUCUGGAGAACCACACCACAGUGUCACACUUCCCCCACCCUGUCCCCUCUCAUUUUAAAAACCAUGUUCUUAUAUCUGUCCUUGUUUUUUCCAUUCCUGACUCCAUUAUUGUCUCAGAGUUUUGUUUGAGACCACCCAGAGUAGGUGCCAAGGGUGUGCUCCUCCCCAUCCUGACCCCCCUCCCACUGUCCCCUGGGGAGGAGGGCAGGUGUUUGCUGGUGUGUAUAGAGUCCUAUACAAACCAUUUGCCAAACCCAGCCAUAGUUCUUUCCUCUUCUGAGCCAGAGCACCAUUUUUGAGCUGAAGUAACAGUGACCCACGGCAACAGAGACACCCCAGCAGCCUUCUUCCAAAACCUUUCUAAUCUCUCCUUUGAUCCAGUUCACUAGAUGCUUCAUGCCUCUGACCCCGAUUCACAUUGGGCUAAACCUUUAAACAUUCUGAGUAGCUAGCAACUAUGAACUACAUUAGUUGAAUGCACUUGAUAGUCUGCUGGGGCCUCACUUCUGCCAAGAGCACCCCAGAUUGUGCCAAGCAUUGUCACACUGUGACAAGCCAGCAUAGAUAUUUAACUAUUAACAUGAAAAGCAUGUGAUAUAUGACUGUGUAAUGUUUCUAAUAAAUAUAUUUUGUUUCUGUCCAA